AUGUCAGCUCUCGCCGGACCUAGUACGCAGGCGAAGCCACAACAGUCGGCGCGAACAAGGGCAGACCCGAAAAGCCAAAAUCAGACAUCCGUUAUCAAGGACCACGCAAAUAUGGUUACGAAGGCAUACAAACGGUCGCGUAACGGUUGCUAUACCUGCCGCCUACGAAGGAAGAAAUGCGACGAGACUCAUCCUAAUUGCGUGGCAUGCACCAGUCUGGGCGUCAGCUGCGAAUACCGAAAGCCGAGUUGGUGGAUAAGUACUCAGGCGCGAAUGCUACAAAAGGACAAGAUAAAACAGAAGGUCAGGGAGACUAAAGUACUGCAAAAGGAGGUAGCGCUUCAGGAAUACAUCAAACGUGCGGUCCCAUCAGCGAAACCUCGCGACAACCCUGUCAGCAAGCCUCAAACGCCCCCGAUGGAACCAAUGGUGGCCACCACAUAUGAUCCCUCUACGUCCUACUUACCAGCACCUGCAACCAGCGCACUAAUGUCUACCCCAUAUGGCUUUGAUGCUGGAAUUGGUAGCAGCACUUAUAUCCCUGAUACCACAUACGUACCUGAUACAACCCCAUUGCAAGAUACUAGUGUCUUUUGGUUUGACCCAACAGCAACUCCGUUAAUACCUACACCGACCUCAAUUUCAGAGCUAUCAGCGAGUUCAGCGGCAAUGACAGCGACGACAACAACAACGACAGCGAUGACGACUCCAGCAGUACAGAGUGACGAAUGGUAUCAAGGAUUUACUGACCCCCUACCGCGUGUGCAGAAUCCUCUCUCUCUUGGAUCUUCCGAAUUCCCGGACCGACCACUAUCUUUCUAUCUGGAAGGGAAGAUGAGUUCAAAUGACCGAGAGCGCUCCCUACUCUAUCACUUUGUCGACAAUGUCCUCCGGCUGGUUUUUCCCAUUCUCGACCUCCAUAAACAGGGACCAUCCAGAGCCCGCGAGAUCCUGCGCUCCCUUGACUCGAACAAGUCAUAUUACCACGGCUGUCUCAGCGUAUCAGCUAUCCACCUCAGGACUGUGAAGAAGCAGCGAGGUAAACGAGUAGAAAGAGACAUCAUGCGCCACCGUUACGCGGCGAUCUCAGAACUCCACAAAGCCUUAUAUGCGGAUCAUGGCCACGAUACAAUCCUAGACGCAACGCUGGCAAUGAUCUUCUUCCACUGCUCGGUGGGAUCACCUGAAGUGGACGGCCUUCCGGAUAUAGGAUGGAACGAGCACUUCACAGCCGUCACAGACCUCGUCAACAAGCUAGGGCUCAUGGAGGCAAACCCAUUCACGCCGCCCCCAUUUAGCAUGUCUCUCAGUACAUGGAUUGACAUUUUUGGUGCCACAAUGCUCGGAAGAUCUCCCCAAUUCGCACACGCAUAUAGGCAUAAGCACCUGAACGGAAUUUCGUCUGGUUUACGCGAACUAAUGGGGUGCGACGACCGAAUCAUGUACCUGAUCUCUGAAAUCGCCUGCCUUGAUUCUUUAAAGGAAGAAGGCCGCAUCAAUGACUACACAGUCUGCCACCACGUCUCGGCAUUAACAGCCCAGCUCGACCAUGCCGAGCAAGUGGUCGUCAAUCCGACUCUCGAAAACCCCAUUUCCGCCACGGGCAUUAUCCAGGCCGAUAAACUCACGAAGAACAUGACCGCCAUAUUCCGCGUUGCAGCCCGCAUCUACCUAUACAGCUUAAUGCCCGGCUUCCAUCCGGAGCAGCAGAACAUCGUAGAUCUCGUCGAGAAGGUUUCAGAACUCUUGCAAUACAUUCCGUCAGGACCCUUUGGAUUUGACCGCUCGCUUGUGUGGCCAAUGCUAAUCACUGGCGCAUUCUCAACGCCAACAAGCAACUUUCGCAUUAUCCUUGAGCAACGAAUUGCCGCAUUGGGCGAUUGCAGCGACUUUGGCAGUUUCGGACGCAUGUAUUCCGUCCUGCAGGAGACUUGGAAACUUUCCGACGACGACAGUGAGCCUGUCUAUACUGAGCGCACGUCUGGGCUCCUUGGGCCUCCUUCCUCGUCGGCUUUUGAAUUCGACGCGCAUAUGGCUAUGCCGUCUCCGGCGUUGGCUGUUGGCGCGCAACGAGUCAAGCAACAACCCAUUCAUUGGCGAGAUGUUAUGAGGGCUCGGGAAUGGCACUAUCUUCUGCUUUAA